CUUCCACUAAACUUUCGAAAAGAUGAGCUAAAGGGGGGAAUUCCCAAGGAUCGACUGACAAUUGGAGCAAGUCUGGCUGAUGUUGAUCCAAUGCAAAUAGAUUGUUCAGUGCGAUUUGAUGGUGUGGGUGGUCUUUCUGACCACAUUUCAGCUUUAAAAGAGAUGGUCGUUUUUCCACUGCUUUACCCAGAAGUCUUUGAGAGAUUCAAAAUUCAACCUCCAAGAGGCUGUCUAUUCUAUGGUCCACCAGGGACUGGAAAGACACUGGUUGCUCGUGCGCUUGCUAAUGAAUGCAGCCAAGGUGAGAGGAGAAUAGCCUUUUUUAUGCGAAAAGGUGCCAACUGCCUGAGUAAAUGGGCGGGGGAAUCUGAACGACAGCUUCGGUUAUUAUUUGAUCAGGCCUACCAGAUGCGACCUUCAAUUAUCUUCUUCGAUGAGAUAGAUGGCCUUGCUCCUGUGCGGUCCAGUGAACAAGACCAAAUUCAUAGCUCUAUUGUGUCAACUCUUCUGGCCCUUAUGGAUGGCUUAGACAGCAGAGGAGAGAUUGUGGUCAUUGGAGCCACCAACAGGCUGGAUUCUAUAGAUCCUGCUUUACGAAGACCCGGCCGCUUUGAUCGAGAGUUCCUCUUCAGCUUGCCAGAUAAAGAGGCUAGAAAAGAGAUUUUCAAGAUUCACACACGAGAUUGGACCCCAAAGCCAUCGGACAUGUUUCUUGAAGAGCUAGCUGAAAAAUGCGUUGGGUACUGUGGUGCUGAUAUUAAAUCCUUAUGUGCUGAAGCUGCCCUCUGUGCUUUGCGCCGCCGCUAUCCUCAGCUAUACAAAAGUAGCGAGAAACUGCAGUUAGAUGUUGCUUCUAUCAAAAUAACAGCAAAGGAUUUUGUCAUGGCUAUGCAGAAGACUGUUCCAGCUUCACAGAGGGCUGUGGCUUCACCUGGGCGAGCGCUAUCAUCUGUUUCAAAACCACUGCUUGAAAACACCUUAGCAAGAAUUUUACAAGCCUUGCAGAGAGUAUUUCCCCACGCAGAG